AUGGCGAAUUGGACAGUAAAGGAAGUUGCUGAUUGGUUGAAAGCAAAUGGUUGCAAAAAGCAAGUUAAAAUAUUUAAGGAUAGAAAGAUAGAUGGUAAUGCUCUAAUGAAACUAACGAAUGAUGAUUUUGUGCAGUUACUUGUCGAAGUUAAUGGUGAUGGAAUGAUACAAGAGCCAACAAUUGGAAUGAAAAGUAGAUUUCGAACAAUGUUAAUAGAAUGGAAGAGGGAAAAUAAACAAGAAAAUCUGAAUAGCCAAGAUAAAAUUGCUAAUGGUUCAUCUGAGGUUGUUUCAUCCAAUGUGAUUGAUUCAACUAACUUAAAUGAGGUUAAACACAAGGAAGAUAUUGUUUCUAAAAAGUCUAAGAAGAAAAAUUCUGAUAAAGUUGUAUGUGAAGUUAAUUAUAUAGUUGAUGAUGAUAUUCAUAUACAAUUCUUUCGAAAUCCAAAAUUUCUACCAUAUUUAAUUAAUUAUAUAAAACAAGAGACAUUUUCAAUUGAAAUUGAUAUUAAACAAGUGAAUUCAAAAGAUGAUAAAUCCUUACUUAAUUAUACAAUUAAAUUAAUGGGAAAAAAAAAGCAAAAUCGUAUUGUUGAAAAUUUUAUUAAUAAUUUAUUUCAAUCAAUAAAAUGUAAAACUUAUCAUCAAAAUAAAAUAAAAAAAUGGUUAUUUAAUUUAACAUUAAUUGAUAUUAUUCAAAAUAUAUUAGAUAAUGAAAAUUAUUUAUUUAGUGUAUGUCAAUUUAGUAGAUUAAAUAAUAAAAUUUUAGAAAUUUAUUAUUUUGAUGAUGAAAAAUUUAAUUCUUUUCAAAAUCUUAUUGAAUUUGAUAAUAUUAUUCAAAAUCAAAUUUUACAAGAAAAUAUUCUUUUAUCAUCAAAUAAAUAUUUACAAACUAUUGAAUUUAUUGAUAUAAAUACACAAAAAAUUUUAUCAAAAUAUGAUGUUACUCCAACAGAACAAUAUGAAGAAGAAUUCGAUAAUAAUAUGAAUCAAUAUGAACAAAAUAAUAUGUUUAUUUCUGUUACUCGAAAUCCAUAUUAUAACAAUAGAAAAAAAACAAAAUAUAUAAUUAAAAUAUUUGGAUAUAAAAAAUUUGUCAAUGAAGUUUUGCAAAAAUUCAAAGAUUUAUUUGAUAAAUAUCGAUUGAGAAGAUAUAAAUUUAGUCAAAUGUCAUCGGAUCAACUUGAGUAUCUUGCAAACUUUUGUACUGAAGAAUUGCAUAAUAUUGAAAGAGAAUUUCCAAAUGAUUAUAUAAAAUUAAAUAUUCGACAAAAUCAAUUUUAUGCAUCACAAUAUUUAAAAAAUGAAAUUCAAAAUUCUAUAAUAAAUUUAUUAUCUAAUUUACAAACAACUACAUUAAAAAGUAUAGAAUUAUAUUAUGAUAUUGCUGAUAAAUUAUAUUUAAAUAUAAAAAAUAUUGCUCAACAAAAUCGUUGUUAUUGUGAAUUAAAAUUAAAAAAAAAAUUAAAAUCUUAUCAAAUUCCAAAAUCUAAUCAAAAUACAUCGAUUAUAUUGAAAUCAUUUAUUGAACAAUCAAAUUUAUUCUGUUCAUCACCAUUCGUUUUUUGUCAAACGAAAUUAACUAAUGGAUCAAUCGAUGUUCUUAUGGGUGAUAUCGCUUUACAAAAAGUUGAUAUUAUUAUUAUUCUGUCAACAUCAUUUGGAUUAAAAGAAAGUUUGAUUGAACGAGCCGGUGAAAUCAUUGAACAACAAAAUAAGACAAAUUCAAUUCCAUUUAUUACCGAAACAACUGGUGGAAAAUUAAAUUGUAAAAAAAUUCUUUUUGUAAAUUGGUCAUUACCAACCAUGACAACAAAUGAUGAUCAUUUAAGUGAUUCGAUUCAAUUAUUUAUUUCGAAAUCGAUUCAGUAUGUUAUUAUGGAUAGUCAACAAUCGAAUUUAAAAAUUCAAUCGAUUGCAUUUGCAGUUCCUGAUUCAUGUAAACAGGAACAAAUUUUAGCAGAAGAAAUGAUUGAAGAAACAAUAAAUCAAAUUAAUAUGACAAAAUCUGUAUCAUUGAAAGUAUCAUUUAUUUUAUUACCAGAUCAACAAAUAUUACAUCGACAAUUUUUAAAUGUUAUUCAAACGAUACAAACAAUAAAAGAUAGUUUUGGAAUUUUUUAUUGUUCAGCAUCAAGUAAAAUUUCACUUAAUCGUAAUUUAGAUUAUGAAAAAACAAAUUUAUAA